AUGGAAGGAGGCUAUUGGAAGCAGGGGUGGAGACUACUAAUCCAAGCAGCGUUUCUCUGGAUCCUUUUGGCAGCUUCUCCAGGGAACAACUCAAAGGAUGACUCAGAGGAUGGAACAUGCUGGUUCCUUGGCUGCAAUAAUCCUCAGGUCCUCAAACAAGAAAAAGCAGAAUACCUUACCAUAAGUGAUUGUGAAAGAGGCAUUUCUGAUUACUCCAAAUUAUGUGUCCCAGAAUAUAAGAUUGCCUAUUUAUUUUAUCAAGAUGAUUCAGGGAACAUCACACCUUACAUUUUUAAUGCAAUCCUCAGAGUGCUCAUUGUUAGCAUGAGAAUGCAAAGACAGGAGAGUGCACAACUAGGUGGAAAUUUGCCAAGAAGGAGAGGACAUCUGUGUAUACCUAAAAAUUCCGUCUGUAAUUGGACCUUAGACAAUGAUUUACUACUCACUUCUGGGAUUCCUAUAAUAGUCUGCAGAUGCCUGAAGAUGGGACUACAUAUAAUUGGUUUGACAGUUUCUGAUGUAGCAUCUACUGCAUCAACUCAGGGUCUGUUUAAUGUGAUACUGGAAAAAAUAAGUGUUGAACGUCUUGAACUUGACAAUUCAUCUCCAGAAGUGCUUAUUUUGUUACCAUUGAAGCAUAUUUCAGAAACUAUUAGAAACCUGAUUUUAAGUUUUGGUGAUGAGAAAAUGCAAACUCUUCCAAUGUGGGGCAGCAGUAAUAAUAGGUCUAUCAACAUUACAUUUAGUGUUCCUGGAAUAUGUGAUCUCUCUGUGUCAGUAUCAAAUCCCCACAACCACAUCCUCUUCAUUCAAUGUCUUUCUGGGCACGUCAGAAUUGGAGGUUCAAAUAUUGUUGGGAAAGCUGCUUUUCCAUUUAGAAUGAACAACACUAGCUGUUGGUUGCCUGAGAACAACAGAUACUCCUCUCAGGAGCUGGCAUUUGGAGUUCAUACUUCUUCAGACAAUAUCACUUCUCUAGUGUUUGAUUUUGGGGAUGGUAAAGUAGUUCAAGUCAGCAUCAAAGAAGGAUCUGAUGAAGUAGAAAUCAUUGCUUAUCACCAAUAUAGAAAAGAGGGCAUAUAUAUGAUCAAAGUGAUUAUUUUCAAUGAGUUUCAUGGAAAUGAAAAGGAGUUGGGACCAUAUUAUGUAGAAAUAUCUCAAGAAGAUUUGAGGGUGUUCAUGAAUUCUAGCAGUGUCCAUAAGGAUGAAGUUCUACUUUUUGCCACUUCCUUCCAAAGAAUGACAACUGGAGUAUAUACCAGAAGCACAAGUGAUUAUACCACCUCUGUGAAUAAAGGACCCAUUGUUGUGCAUAGAUUUUCAUCUGCUUCUUCAUAUAAUGUGUUCCUAAUGGUCCCAGAUAGAGCAAGUGGUUGCCAAGAUUGGGCCAAUGUGAAUGUUCAGUAUCAAAUGCAAGCUGUUUCUAUCUUUACAAAUGGCACAGUGUUUGCCACUAAUUCUGAGGUCACAUUUUUUGUUCUUACAAACGAAACAAGUCCUCUUGAGUUUGUUUGGCAUUUUGGAGAUGGUACAUGGGAGAGAACAACUUCAAGAAGUGUUAAAAAAAAAUACAGUGUUCCCAAGAGGUAUCAUGUGAUAGUUAAUGCUGCCAAUCAGAUCAGCUCUGUUACCUCUGACAUUCACACUAUCAGUAUAGAGAGGAAAAUUGUUCCAAAUCGGCUUGUGUCCAGCUCGUCAGCUCUGAUAAAUUCCAGCGUGAGUUUUGAGUGCAGAAUCAACUUUGGUACAAAUGUUACUUACUUGUGGAACUUUGGGGAUGAUACUAUCCAUCCUGGGAAGUGGACUGAGAGCCACAUAUAUAAGAGGGAAGGAGAAUUUACAGUGGAGGUUCUUAUCUUUAAUAGUGUCAGCCUUGCAGCUCUAAAAAAGCAAGUUUUCAUCGUGUCCCAACCCUGCCAGCCACCUUUGGUGAAAAACAUGGGGCCUGGGAGAGUACAGAUUUGGCGACAUCAACCUCUUAAGCUUGGAGUUACUUUUGAAGCUCCCAUUCAGUGUGACAUUUCCCGAGGCCUUAACUAUAGUUGGUCCUUAAUAAAGUCUGAUGGCUCACCAGUGUUGUUUCCAACAGCUCUUGACAGGCACAGACAAGCCAUUCUUCUUCCCAGCUACUUUCUGGAAUAUGGAAACUAUACUGCACUUGCAAAGGUUAAAAUAGAAGGCAGCGUGGUGUAUAGUAAUUAUUCAGUGGGUAUCGAGGUGGUUUCCCGGCCACCUAUCAGUGUGAUUUCAGAGGGAACACACCUAUUGAUCUCUAAGACCCCUUUUUCCAUUGUUGUGCUUAAUGGCUCACAGUCCUUUGAUCCUGAUGAUCCUGGAACUCAUUUAAAGUAUUACUGGAAAUGUGUUCCAGCAAGUAAACGAAAACACGCAUGUUUCAACUCUCCCGGAUACAGUCUAUUCAACAGCAGUGCAUCAGUCAUCUCUUUCCCAGCAUCACUUCUUCAUGACUCCUAUGACCAAUUUUUAGUGACACUAAUAGUGUCUAGUGGAAACCGAAACUCUUCUGAAGCACAGGUGUUCCUGUCUGUUCAAUCAGGUUCUACAUUCAGACCACUACACAUUUCUUGGGUCAACUUUAAAGACAAUUCUGUGAACUGGAAUGAAGAAUUUUCUUUCCAAGUGAAGUGUGAAGAAUGUACCAACAUGCCCAACAUUUCUUAUUCUUGGGAUCUUUUUUUAAUCAAUGCAACAGAAACAAAUGGCAUGGAAGUUUCUUUUUGUAGAGCUACAGAUCUGCUAGGCUCAUCAAGCCUCACUGGUGCCAUCUUGACAAUUCCAAAGUCAAAUCCACCCUCCACCGUGAAACAAAUGACUAUUCCUGCCCUGACAACCACACCCUUCCCCAGAGAUGCUUCUGGGCAGGCUAUCAGGCAGCUGGCCCUUUCAGCUCCAGUGAAAACCUCCAUUUCUGCAACAUCCAUAAACAUUACAAUUGGAUUUCAUCAUGUAAAUGAUACCAGUCACAGGGAGAACAGCAGUCCCUCAGCUCUGGAGGAUCCUGUUCAGGAAGGGCUACUUUACCGAAUGCAAGACUUACUAGGAAAAAAAUCUGUCAUAAGAUCCACCCAGAGAGAAAAGUCACCAAGCACUGAGCUACCACAAAAUUCUUCUUACAUUUCUGAUUUUGAAGCUUAUUAUAGCAAUAUCAAGGAGGCAAUAGAACCAUCGAGAGGAAGACAACCAGAGGGGAGUAUCAGUAUUACAGAAGCAAUGGAAAAUGAAGAAACAGAUACUAUGUCUGACAAUGAUUAUGGUUACAACCUAAUUGAUUUAUCCUACUCAACUGAAAAUACCACACCGUUGCUUAUGGUAGAUUGGUCCAAAUCACUAAUUAGUAGAGCUGUUUUUCAAAGCUACACAUCCUUAGGUAUCACAUCAAAAAUUGUUACAUUUAAACCAUUUUUCCUGAGGGGUGGAGAGACAUAUGUGAUACAAGCUUCUGUAGAAUCAAGCCACAGUCCAUUAGGCAAAGCACAAUUAUAUUUUACUGUCAAUGAAGUUCCAAAGGAGAUGGCAUGCCAAGUACAGCCCAUUUAUGGCUAUGAGGCCUAUACAGUCUUCAGUGUUUUCUGCAUGUCUGGAAAAGCAGACUACCAUUAUGAAUUCAGUUAUCAAAUAGGAGCAUCCUCCAAAAUACCUUUAUAUAGUGGGAGAGAUAUACAAUAUUACUUUACUUUGCCAGCUGGUGAAACUGCGGACAAAUAUAAAGUAACUGUCUUUACUGAGAUCACAAACAGAUAUGGCUCUAAAUCUCAUCCCUGCGCUGUGAAUGUGACAGUACUGCCAAGUUUCCAUAGGAACAUAUCAUCUUUGAAUUACAGGCCAGAAGAAGAUCUGUAUAAUUCAAGUCUAAAAAACCUAACCACCCUCCUACUUAUGGGAAGCUAUGGAGAAAUUAGAAAUUAUAUCAUAAUGCUAACCAGAAUCCUGAAUCAUUUCUAUACAGAAGACCAAAGUUCUACCUUUGGCCUCCAGUCACAAAUAAGGAAUUUAUUGAUUUCUUCAGUGUGCCACUUAUCUUUCCAGGAUCAGGAAGAAAUGGCUGAUUCUGUUCUAAUGUUGAAUGAACUAAUAAGUAUCUCCAAGCAGGUAACAUUUGACAGUGCAGUUCUGAUAAUCAAAUAUGUCAGAAAAUUAAUUGAUCACAACAACUUAUCAGGCCAAUUUGCAAUGAAUAAGGAGCUGAUGUCCAAGCUGGUCUUUCUAGCAUCAAGGGUAAUGGAGAUGAAAGAAAAGGAAAAAUCCAGGAAUGCAAAACAUUUCAGAGAAGAAGGCAUUAAAAGCAUUGUAUACUUGCUACUGAACUAUGUGUCUUCAAGUAAGGAACCUCAGUUUAAUAUCAGCACUGGACAGUUGGAAUUCCAGACCAGUUUACAUUACACCUUUCACAACUCUGUUGAACAUGUUGGCUCUGUUGAGGUCCAUUUACCAGAUGCUCUAGAUGAGCACAUCUCUAGUAGAACAGGAUUGCACAGCCCGUGCUACAUCAGUCAGCUAAUAUACUUCAAGGAAUAUCCAUGUUUGGAGGAGAGAGUUCCUGUUCAGAUUGAUGGGGCAGUCAUUGCCCUGAGCCUCUACAACUGCACUAGCAAAAGGAAAAUCAACAUACAAAGACUGGAGAGUCCAGUGAGAGUAGUGUUUGAGCAGAUCAAUGCUCAGGAUGGUGGGCAAAAUAAGACAACAUUUUCAUUGGAUCGUGACAAAGUGAACUUUCAUUAUUUCUCUGGGCUUCCCGAGGCCUCCCAGGAAUCCCUACAGAUAGUAGUGGAAUUUUCUAAGACCAGCAUAAGAACUUUCCCCAUAAUGCUGCUUGUCAGGUUCUCUGAAAAACCUACUGUAUCUACUUUUAAUGUGAAACAGAUUCGCUCCUGGGAUGAAGAAGUUGUUCAGAUUUAUAUACCUGCAGUUUCCCUGAAAGAUGCAACAUCUGGUUAUUUGUCCUUGUUGGAUGCUGAUUAUGACCAAAAGCCUACAAACAGAUAUCUAGCUAACAUUGUGAACUAUACUGUCAGUUUCCACUGGAUCCGAUGCCUGUUUUGGGAUGAGAACAGAGGAUGGAUGUCAGAGAGUUCUUAUCCACAUCAGGGAACCACUCCACAAACAAUUAACUGCAGUUACAAUCAUUUAACAAAAUUCACUGUUGUCAGAAGAAAACUAAAUGCUAACUUUGAGAUGAAUGAUGUGUCUCUAUUAAAGAGCAUCCCACAAAACCUGUUCCCCAGUAUUCUUGUUAUGUUUUUUAUGCUUCUUUUUGCUUUUCUGGCCAUUGCAAGCAAACACAGAGACCUACACGAACAAAAGAAGGAUGGAUACAUUUUCUUACAAGAAAACUCCCAGGCUAAAGACAAGCAGGUCUAUAUAGUCAUCAUUGACACAGGUUUUCGAGCCCCAGCACAGUUGACUGCAAAGGUUCACAUUGUUUUCUAUGGAGAAUAUGAAUUUUCAGAGACCAGAGAGCUUUAUUGCCCAGAGAAGCCCCUGUUUGAAAGGAACUCCAGACAUACCUUUAUAGUAAGUAUUCCAAAUAAUCUAGGCCCACUUUGGAAAAUCCACCUGUGGCACGAUAACAGCGGACAUUCUCCAAGUUGGUACAUCAGCCAUGUGAUUGUGAAAGAUCUGAUCACUGGAGCAAGCUGGUUCUUUCCCGCUGAGUGCUGGUUAUCUGUGAACAAGUGGGAAGGGAAAGUUGAUCGAGAGCUCAUGCCUCUCAAAAGUGGACUUGGUUUCAGGAAACUUUUGUACUCCAAAUUCACUGAGUACCUAGAAGAUUUUCACAUGUGGACAUCAGUAUAUAGCCGUCCAUCCUAUAGUUGCUUCACUCACACUGAGAGGCUCAUAGUUUGCCUUGUCUUGAUAUUAGGCUAUAUGUCUAUCAAUGCUGCAUUAAUUGCCAUGGAACAAGAAGAGCACUUUCCUGAAGUUGGCCUCCCAGAUGUCUCUGCAGUCUCAUUAAUGAAUGGCAUGCUCUCCAUUUUCAUCAUCUCCCCAGUGGCAUUAUUGUUGUCUCUGCUCUUCAGGCUCAGUGAGAGGACCACUAGGAAUCCCAUUGAAGACCAAUAUAAACCCCAAAGAGGAUCUCCAAUAGAUUCAGCAAAAGGUUAUGAUUUCCAUCAAUGGAAACAGAAUUCACAGAAUAAAUAUGAGCAAAACAUAUUGGAAGAAUUUUCUCUGGAGGUUUCCCCUGGAAAUGAGAAUGAGAAGGAAGAAGGAAGUGGCGCUGCCUCUAUCAGAUACUCUGGGCAUCAUGGGGACUAUGGCAUUGACCCUGACAGACCUAUUUCAAAACGAUCCCACGUUCGUUCUAGUUGCUCCUCAGAGCCCUGCAAUGGGUUAGAAGAAUCUGCUCCACGAAAACUGAUGGUUCUUCCUCUUUGGUUGUCCUAUGUGGCUUGGGUCACUUGUGGGCUAGUUUCUGUGGCUUGUGGGUUGGUGACAGGACUGUUAGGAUACAGGUUUGGUCCUUCAAAGUGUAUCCAGUGGGUCCAUUCAGUGUUCUUUUCCGUCAUGGGCUGUAUUUUUGUUGUCCAGCCCCUUGUGAUAUUCUUUGUGGCAUUGGCCCUAGCUUGGAGAAAAAGAGACCACAAAGGUUUCUUUAUUGAGGCAUUAUAUGAUGCAACCAAGAACCUUGAAUAUGAAUUGCAUCAUUUUUCCAAGAAUUGUGCCCUGGACCCUUCAUACUGUUGUACUCCCAACACUGCAGCUGACUUUGAAAAAAUACUAGUGGCCCGUCAAAGAGCACGCUACUUACAAUGGGUUCACCCACCAACUUCAGCCCAAUUGAAAGAAGCCAGAGGGAGAAUUAGAAAAGAGGUCUUCUUACAAACAGCAUCGAGAAACUUUUUCAACUAUGUACUAAUGUUGUUUCUACUUUUAUUUAUCAUAUUUGGAAAAAAUUCCCAUCAUGAAUAUGUUCUUAAUCAAGCCAUCCGUAAUGAAUUCACAAGAAAUGCCAGAAACUCUUUCACUGAAGUGAAGAAUGCUGAUGACUGGUGGAACUGGAGUUUGACAACUUUAUUGGAUGGCCUAUACUGGGAUAAACAGAAUAAUAGUGAUACGCCAAAGCCUCAGUCUGGACCUCUCGGAGGAAAAUGUCAUCUGAUUGGUACUUUGGUAAUUAGACAGCUAAAGUUCCCUGGACAAUUUUCAGUUCCCUUUGAAGCUUCUUCUCUCCUGUAUCAGCCCCAGAAUCAAGAUAAUGAAAAUAUUUUUCAAUCAGACCCAGAAAAACUGACCCAGACCAAAAGAGGCCUCCACAGUGAUCAAACAGAAAAUGAGGAAGACAGAGUAUCUGCAGUGAGCCUGGGCAGGACAAGGGCCAAAGCUUACUCAGUUCUGAUUAACCUAAGGAAUAGUGGGUGGAUAAAUAAAAGGACCAGGGAAAUCUCUAUGCACUUUGCCCUCUACAAUCCUCCUACCAGUCUUUUCACCAGUGUGUCCUUGUUGGCAGAAGUGUUACCCACAGGUGACAUCAUUACAUCAUCCCUUGUGGAGUCAUUUAGCAUCUAUAACAGCAACUCUUCUAGGAGUUACUUCAUCAUGUUUUCUGAGUUGCUUUUCCUGGUAUUCAGCCUCAUUCACCUCUGCUUUCAAAUGUUCAUUAUGAUUCAGAAAGGGAUCCUCAACUACUGGCGAGACUCAUGGAACUGGCUGGAGAUGUGUAUAAUUGGAGUGAGUCUUUCUUACUUUGCACACUCCAUUUUUCAUUUUAUCCUUGUGGUGGAUGUGAUUGAUCAGUUUCAUAAGGGAUUUUUCCAAGUAUUCGUGGACUUCAAUCCUAUUUUAUCCUGGCAUCAGAGGAACCGGUGUCUUCAAGGAAUUCUUUUACUCCUCACGUUAAUAAAAUGCCUUCGUCUUCUUGGCAUUUACAAAGCAAUUGCUCCCAGCUUGACCAUGAUGCGACUCUCCUGCUCCAACAUUAUUCUGCCAGUGCUGGCUGGUGUCCUGUUUGCAGCGGCCUACUCAUACCUUGGGCGAUUUCUGUUCUCAACUCAUGCCUUUCCAUUUAGAAGCUUUGCAGACUCCUUCCAAAUGCUAUUGCUGUGUUUUCUGGGAACCAAAGAGAAGGGAACAUUCCUUAGUCUUUACAAGUCUAAUCAGUAUACCACAGUUUAUUAUUAUGGGACCCUUUUCAUAGCAGUGAUCAUUUUGUGGUCUGGAAUUUUGAGAGGAGUCCUCAUUUCUUUUAUGCAAGAUGCAAAGAGAUCUUUUCGAAGUCAGCGUCUGGUGAGAUUCAAAGAUGUCACUGACCAUACUUGGGAGAAGGUGCUCUCCUUUCUGGGAAUACAAAGACCGAUGUUAGCAGUGGAAGAGACUGUGAAGGACAGAAAUUUCUAUCUGGAUGAAUUUGAAAGUCUGUUGGAUGAACUGCUGUUGAGAGUUGAUGGAUUAUACUACAGCCUUCAUUGCUCUCCUCUAGCAAAAUCACCCAGUGAUGAAGCAGAGGUAGAGCAAAAGGACGAGACCUUAGCUGACAACCUCAAUUCACCUUCUACGGAAAGCAACAUAUAGCUUUGCCGUAUGCAAAAUCAUCCAGCUCUUUAGAUCCUUGGUAGUAGACUAUGGUGAUGAUGGUCAUUUUUCUUUGCGGUUAUUGGGUUGGUGGGAAAUCAUUAGCUUU